AUGUCUCCCGCUCUAGUCGGCGAAAAGUGGUGGAAAAACUCGAUUAUCUAUCAAAUUUACCCCGCAAGCUUCAAAGACUCCAAUGGCGAUGGUAUCGGCGAUAUCCCAGGAAUCCUUUCCUCGCUGGACUACAUCACAAGCCUUGGCGUGGAUGUGAUCUGGUUAUGCCCCAUGUACGACAGCCCUCAAAUUGAUAUGGGAUACGAUGUCGCCGAUUACGAAAAUGUGUAUGCCCCAUACGGAACCAUCCAGGAUAUGGAGACUCUCAUCGAUGAAUGCCACAAGCGAGGACUGCGCAUUAUUCUGGACUUGGUGGUGAAUCACACCUCGGACCAACACAAAUGGUUCCAGGAGUCCCGUUCUUCCAAGACAAGUCCCAAGCGGGACUGGUACAUCUGGAAGCCGGCGAAAUAUGACGCCAAUGGGAAUCGCCAGCCACCAAAUAAUUGGCGUAGCGUUUUCGGGGGCAGUGCUUGGGAAUGGGAUGAGAAGACAGAAGAAUACUAUCUCCAUCUUUUCUGUGUCGAGCAGCCCGACGUAAACUGGGAGAAUGCCGAAACCCGCAAGGCAGUCUACGAGUCUGCUAUGGAAUUCUGGUUGCAGAAAGGUGUUGAUGGAUUCCGUGUCGAUACGGUGAACAUGUACAGCAAGCAUCCCGACUAUGCCAAUGCGCCAAUCUUGGACCCCAAAUCCGACACCCAGCCUGCUUUCUCAUUGUUCUGCAAUGGUCCUCGCAUCCACGAAUACUUGAGCGAGAUGAACAAUGUGCUGUCUAAAUACGACGCCAUGACUGUUGGAGAAUUGCCCAAUACACAUACAUUGGAAGGUGUUCUCCGGUAUGUCUCAGCAGCAGAGAAGCAACUGAGCAUGGUGUUCCAAUUCGACCUCGUGGACCUCGGCCAGGGGAAGGAUUAUAAAUACUUGACCACACUCCCAGGCUGGACUCUGCGGGAUCUCAAAGCUGCCGUGAAGAGCACACAGGAUAUCAUCAAUGGCACAGAUGCCUGGACGACGGUGUUCAUGGAAAACCACGACCAGGGCCGCUCCGUGAGCCGAUUUGGCUCAGACAAGACACCCGAACUGAGGGUCCGCUCUGCAAAGAUGCUAGCCAUGAUGCAAAGCACACUGUCAGGAACGCAGUUUAUCUACCAGGGCCAAGAAAUUGGAAUGGUGAACGCACCGAAGGAGUGGACCAUUGACGAGUACAAAGACAUCGACAGCAUCAACUACUAUCAAAUGACAAGUAAAGUCACCAACAACGAUCCAGUGGAGCUUGAAAAAGCCAUGACUUCUCUGCAGCACCUCGCUAGAGAUCAUUCCAGGCUUCCCAUGCAAUGGAAUGCCGAAGCCAACGCAGGCUUCUCGUCUUCGUCGGCAAAACCAUGGAUGCGCCCACAUGACAACUACCCUGAGAUCAACGUAAAACUGCAGGAGAAAGACAACUCUUCCGUACUUUCGUUCUGGAAACAGAUGAAUGCACUGCGUAAGCAGUAUGCCGAUCUCAUGGUGUUCGGCUUGUUUGAGAUUCUCGACGAACCGAAUCAAAGUGUUUUCACAUAUACUAAGAAAAGCCAGGACUACACGUUGUUUGUUGCUCUCAACUUCUCAGAUAAAGCGCAGAAAUUCGAAAAAUUGGAUACUGCGCAGAGUGAUUGGAAACUACUAGCUAGCAACAUAGAGGAUCCCCAGGAGGAACUACAGGCGUUUGAGGGACGGGUCUAUUUGGUUUAG